AUGUUGGCCGAAGAAUUCCCCACCACUCCUCUCCGUCAGCAUUAUGAUGUAGUGAUUGUCGGCGGUGCCACCAGCGGCUCUUCCAUCGCAUGGCACCUGAUCACGAACCCUGACUUCAAGAGAUCAGUGCUCGUCGUCGAACGGAAUCCAUCGCUACAGCACUCCGCUACCAAAGCGAGUAACUAUUGCAUGCGACAACAAUUUGCAACGGCCAUCAACGUCCAGAUUGCUCAGUACGCCGCCGAAUUCGUCAAACGUUUCGGUAACGAGUUUCCGCCGGACGCGUGCGUGUCGGAUGCCCCGAUCCGCAACUUUGGAUAUCUCUAUUUAUCGGACUCGGAGAGCUUCACGGAGGUGUUGAAAAAGGACCAGGAAUUGCAGGCGAGCUGUGGAGCUGGCACGCAGAUCAUACCAAGGGCCGAGAUCAAGGAGAAGUACCCAUUCUUCUUCACGGAUGACAUUCACACUGGAAGUCUUAACCUCGUCGACGAGGGUGCUUUCAAUGCCCUCUGGAUGAUUGAAUGGUUACGUCGAACAGCCCGUGAGAAGGGGGUGGAGUAUAUCAGCAAUGAGGUCGUUGGUGUGAAUCUGGUUAACGCUGCAGGAACUCGCGCUGCCACUGUCUCGAGACUAGGGGAAAUUGAUCUCCCCAUCGAGGCUAGACGACGGUACACCUACAUCUUCGAAGUCGACGAGCCACUCCCGCAAGAUUUGCCCCUAACCAUCGAUCCAUCGGGCGUUCAUCUCCGCUCGUAUGGCGCCAAAGACUACCUAGUUGGCUGCCCACCCAUUGGUCCCGACACUGCGGUGGAUGUGAACGAUUUCAGCUUCGCGGAAAAUGCUCGGGAAGAGAAGAUCUUGCCGGUGAUCACUCGCCGGGUUCCUCAAUUCGCCAGUGCACGGGUGACAAACUCCUGGAUGGGUCACUAUGAGUUCAACACGUUUGACCACAAUGCUAUUGUUGGCCCGCAUAGCGAAGUUAGCAAUUUGUUCUUCUGUGUCGGCUUCUCUGGCCAUGGCAGUCAGCAGGCUCCGGCCUGCGGACGUGGCAUGGCUGAGUUGAUCGUGUACGGAGCAUUCCAGACGCUUGACCUGAGUGUGCUUUCCUAUAAGAGAAUAGUGGAAAACCGUCCUCUGACGGAGUGCGCAGUCAUAUAA